AUGGGAGACUUCAACGGAAGAGUCGGAGAGAGAAGAACACCGUGGACAAAACACCUGGGUCCACACAGUGACCACAGAACACCAUGCAAUUAUAACGGCAACCAUGUACUGGAACUGUGUGCAGAGCACGACUUAUUCACCACUAACACCUUCUUCCAGCACAGAGCCUCUCAGAUCUACACCUGGUACAGAUGGAACAACAUCAUGGUCUCAUCACAGAUCGACUUCAUAUUAACGAGAACACGAAUGCGGAUCACAAUCACAGACUCAAGAGCCAUCCCCAAUGCAGGCCUGGACACAGACCACAGGCCAAUCAUCACAACUUUGACCACCAAGAAAGAAAGAAAACCCAAAAAACAUAAAAGACAGCAAGAGAGACUAAAUAUGCAUAAACUUGAAGAUGAUCAGGUGCAGGCUCAGACCAGAAGCACGUUAAAUGAAAAACUAGGCUCUAUCAACUCUACAAUACUAACCGUAGAGGAAGCUUGGGAUACCUUCAAAACAACUCUCCUGGACACAAUGAAAGAAGUCUGUGGUACCAAAUAA